CCCCUGAAUUCCUACAUGUUUGGAUUCAGAUGAUAUGGCAGAGAAUCGGCGACGAAUUUUCGGUUGUUUUUUUUGUAACAAUUCCCGCUCUAAACACGCUUUGUAACCUUUGCAAGGUUUAUCCCCCCUCCGUUUAUGUUAGUCCAUUAGCCCAUCUAACGUGGGCUUGAAUGGAAUGGCUGGCAAGUAUGUGGCCCCACCGCGUGUCCCGAAUGCGUCGCGAAGAAGCAAGGACGGCGUCACCACAGCUACCGUCACUACGAAACCCGUGGAUCGCAAGACGAAGCCGAUGCUCAUCGUGCACGCGGGGGCGAGUAAAAUCCCGGACGAACUGUGCAUGGCGUAUUUGCGCGGGGUUCGGGAAGCUGCCAAUUCCGGGUUCAUUGCCAUGAUGGAGUCGAAGAGUGCGCGAGACGGCGUGGAAGCAGCUGUGAUGGCCAUGGAAAACAAUCCUUUGUUUUUCGCGGGAACUGGUGGUGCCUUGAAUUUGGAGGGAAAAGUCGAGUGUGAUGCCGCAAUCAUGGAAGGACGCACUAUGAAGGCAGGAGCCGUUGGCGGUGUCAAGACGGUGAGAAAUCCGAUCCGAGCCGCGCGUAUGGUUAUGGACAAGUCUGAUCACGUUUUGCUCGUUGGCGAAGGAGCGGAAAAAUUCGCCGCCAGAAACGGACUUCCCGCAGUUGACAAUUCAAAUCUCAUCACGGAAUACGCGCUGAAAAAUUUCAAGAAGAACCAGGUCUUCAAUCGCAGCAUCCAUAACUCGUAUUCAGCCUGGUAUCAGCGAUUUUGUCCCAUUCAAAAUCCAUGUUGUUGUUUGAGCUCGUUAUUUCGCCGAAGCAUCCGAAUGAAGCUGUACAUAAAAACGCAUUUCCCUCAUCUUUCCGACAGGGCGUCGUCCAAGGAAGUGACGAGCAAGACUGAUUUGAAGCGAAUAUGCUCCACCCCUGCAAUGGAUGGAUCGUGUGACAGUGUCGGAGCUGUCGCACUCGACGCCCAGGGUCGCACAGCCGUCGCUUUGUCCACGGGUGGUAUCACCGGGAAACUCCCAGGCCGGCUUGGGGACAGCGCUUUGCCCGGUUGUGGAUUUUAUGCAGAUGACAAUGUGGGAACAGUGUGCUGUACAGGACAUGGAGAAAUGAUCAUGAGAGCUGCUUUGGCCCAGAGGAUAAUUUCUGCCAUUUCCCGAGGUGAGAGACCCCAGAAGGCAUGUCAGGAGGGCCUGGAUUUUAUGCGACUUCGUUUAGAUGGGUACGGGGGGGUUAUUGCCAUUUCUGCCUCCGGCGGAAUCGGGCUGAGCUUUUCAGCUUUUAGAAUGCCCUGGGCGUACAGAACCACGGACGAGUUGCAUUACGGUAUUGAGAAAGGAGAUCAUUUUGUACAGAAACCCGGUGACUCUCUUGAUGCACCGCUUGUGAGAUUCAAUACGAGAACAACCGUGGGGAAAUUGUCAAUCUUGAAUAACCUUUCGACGUUCAAUUCGCCCAUCGAAGAAACUGGUGUGUCGAAUCACGAGAAUGUCGUGGGUUCAAGAUCAUCUUCACGAGCAUUCAUGCGCCAGCCUUGGUGCGGAUCAGUUGGUGGAUGGAAAGUCACGCACGGAAUGAAACAGGAAAUGGGCCAGGAAUUGUAA